AUGGCUGCGCAGAGUGGACCCGUGUUGCACGGCGACGACAUGAAACCAAUGAACUCUGGAAUUGACGACGACAACCCAGACCAGAUCAGGUCAGACGAAUCUACCCCGACACCGACUGGAAUCGCAACCCCGGAACCCGAUCCAGCGGACAAGCGUCUCCCGUCCAUUAUGCACAACUACUUCCAGGUUGGUUCUUUCUCCGGUGAUAAAGCGAGUCUGCCGCGGUUAUGGUCAUGCUUGUCGAAGUCCUCUGCGAACACUCAAUCAAAUGCGCCUUCAGCCCACUCCUCCGAUUCCUCCGAGUCUUUUGUCAUGAUGGAGCAGGAAGACGGGAUAGAAAAGAUGGAGGAUGAACACUCCGGUCUGCCCUCGCCUCCGCACUCCCUGUUGCAGCAGGAGUCGGAUGAGGCGGAACUCGGGACGAGUCCAGGCGUGUCCUCCAUCUUUACCACUCUGAAGAAAUACCUCAGCCCGCCCACACACACUUAUCCAGAUGACUCCCCUUCCCGCCGUCAAACCUCUCUCCCAGUGUCCAGCGUUUCUGACGACCCCGUGCUUGCCACUGAUUUUUCCAACCCUUCCCUCCCUCCUCCCUCAGAUGCCUUUCUCCUGUCUGAAGUUCCCCUCCUCGACCAUGAGAAACCGCCAGUCUCUUUAUCUUCUGAGAACCUUGCCAAGCUAACUGAGAACGCGCCCGAUGGGUCGCGAGUAAAGAACACCCCACCUCUUACUCCUCCUCGGGCCAUGUCCAACGAGGUCCCUGCCACCCAAGAACAGGCCGCCACCACGGCCUCACCGGAGACCUCGCAAGAGGCUACAGAAUCCCAGUCGAAGUCUGACGACAUUGCAAGCUCUACGGACGAGAUCACUAUGAAACUCGACGAGGCAUUCCCCUCGAAGUCGCCAUCGGAGUCUACGUCAUCCAUGGGCAGCGGUGCCCCCACCGGCCCGAUCAACGGUAAAUUGAUCGUGAAGAUUACCGAUGGGCGGGGACUGCGGCCGAGUUUCGAUCCGUAUGUGGUGUGCGUGUUUGAAUGGAACGAAUACAUCUCCAAAGGUGCUCGCGAUGGCGAAGAGGAAAAGAAAAGGCGUCAGCUGGAGUCAGAUGCCGAGGAGGCCGCUGGUCGGCCCAUGGCUAUUCCUUUGAAGAGCCGAUCAAGCAGUCACAACAGUGCAGUCGAAGGUGAUCACAAGGGACGGACGCCUGUGACAGACCCGCAUUGGGAUCACGAGGCCACCUUCGACGUAAUGGGCGAUCGGUCGGAACUUAAUGUCACGGUCUACGACCGCAACAACCAGGAAGCUUUCUUGGGUCACGUCCGCCUGCGUAUCAAUCUCAAGGAAGACCAUAGUCGACUCGAAGGGUGGUUUCCCUUGGUCGCUCGUGGUGCCGGCGACAAUCAAGUGUCAGGAGAAAUCCAUCUCGAGAUGAAGUUCGAAAAGACAGAUCGCAAGCAGGUCGGGCCUAACGACUUCCUCAUCCUCAAACUCAUCGGCAAAGGAACCUUCGGACAGGUCUACCAGGUCAAGAAGAAGGAUACGCAGCGCAUUUAUGCGAUGAAGGUGCUCUCGAAGAAGGUCAUUAUCCAGAAGAAGGAAGUCGUGCACACCCUCGGAGAACGCAAUAUCUUGGUGCGCACUGCGAUGACAGCCUCUCCGUUCAUCGUUGGGCUGAAGUUCUCUUUCCAAACACCAACAGAUCUGUACCUCGUGACUGAUUACAUGUCGGGCGGUGAAUUGUUCUGGCACUUGCAGCGCGAGGGCCGGUUCCAAGAGGCUCGGGCGAAGUUCUACAUUGCCGAGCUGAUUUUGGCCCUACAACAUCUGCACGAUCACGACAUCGUAUACCGUGAUCUCAAACCCGAGAACAUUCUGUUAGAUGCCAACGGUCACAUUGCGCUCUGCGAUUUCGGUCUAUCCAAGGCAAAUCUAUCACAGAACGACACCACCAACACCUUCUGCGGUACCACUGAAUAUCUGGCCCCGGAAGUCUUGCUCGAUGAGCAGGGAUACACCAAAAUGGUCGACUUCUGGUCCCUAGGAGUGUUGGUGUUUGAGAUGUGCUGUGGUUGGAGUCCGUUCUACGCCGAAGACACCCAGCAGAUGUACAAGAAUAUCGCAUUUGGCAAAGUUCGGUUCCCUCGUGACGCACUCAGCACCGAGGGAAGGAAUUUCGUCAAGGGUCUUCUGAACCGUAACCCCAAGCACCGUCUUGGCGCCAACGGUGAUGCCAAGGAGCUCAUGGCACACCCAUUCUUCCACGAUAUUGACUGGGAUACUCUCUGCCGCAAGGAAGUGAUUCCUCCGUUCAAGCCGCAGCUGCAAUCUGAGACCGACACCUCCAACUUCGAUCCCGAAUUCACGAAUGCGAUGGAGCUGAACAACUCGCUCAAUCUCCGGGCAGCAAAUCUGGCGAAUGGCCUCAUGCCAGCAUCCACCCCUUUGUCCCCGGGGAUGCAAGCUAAUUUCAAGGGCUUCACUUUCGUGAACGAGAGCUCUAUUGACCAUCACCUCCUGGACGACAGUGACCACAUGGAAGACGACGGCUUGCACGACGACCAGUGGCAACGCGGCCACCGGUCGGACAACUCAGUCGACCAACCCAUGACGGGCGUUCAGAAGACGCACGACGGUACCGAAUCUGGGAUUUUCAACGUUGACGAUACUUUUGACAUGUGA